CUACCAUCAUCAGAUGCGAAGACGUCGGCGGAACAGAAACAGCUGAAGGCCCAGUUUAUGAAGGUCAGAAAAGAGUUGAACGCUACAAGCAGCCAGGACGAGUUUGCGAAAUGGGCAAAGCUACGCAGACAGCAUGAUAAAUUACUGGAGCAGCUGGAGAAGAACAAGUCUUCUUCGGACAGUACAAAACAGACAUUCGACACUACAGUAUCUUCACUACGAUGGAUAGCCACCAAUGGUCUACGAAUAUUUCUACAAUUCUGGUACUCUAGACAACCGAUGUUCUGGCUUCCUAAGGGCUGGGUUCCAUACUAUGCGGAAUGGCUAUUGUCGUUCCCACGAGCACCAUUGGGAAGUGUCAGCAUGCAGGCAUGGUCAUUAGCAUGCGCAGCAAUCAUUUUGCUUGUCAGUGACGCUAUUGUGGCCAUCAUCGCAUUAGGUGCUGGACCACAACAAUCCAAGGGUCAACCGAUGAAGAUACCCAGCGAGAAGGAGACGGCCGGAGGAAAGAAGGAGUUGUAG